CCGGGCCAGAUCGGGGGCGGGGCUCUGCCGUGGGCCGGGCCUCCUCGAGUUCCGGAGUCGAGUCGCCGGCCGCCUUGGCCAGAGCGGAGAUGCAGCCGCCGCCCCGAAAAGUGAAGCCGGCCCAGGAGGUGAAGCUUCGCUUCCUGGAGCAGCUGAGCAUCCUUCAGACACGGCAGCAGAGGGAGGCGGAUCUGCUGGAGGACAUCAGAUCCUACAGCAAGCAGAGGGCAGCCAUUGAGCGGGAGUAUGGACAGGCACUACAGAAGCUGGCCGGGCCAUUCCUGAAGAGGGAAGGACAGCGGAGUGGGGAGAUGGACAGCAGGGACAGGACAGUGUUUGCUGCCUGGCGCUGCCUGCUGGAUGCCACCGUGGCAGGAGGCCAAACUCGUCUCCAGGUGUCUGACCGAUUCCGUGACCUAGCAGGGGGCACAGGGCGGAGUGCCAAGGAGCAGGUGCUUAGGAAGGGAACAGAGAGCCUCCAGAGGGCGCAGGCUGAGGUGCUGCAGUCUGUCCGGGAGCUGAGCCGAAGUCGGAAGCUAUACGGGCAGCGGGAGCGUGUGUGGACCUUGGCACAGGAGAAGGCAGCUGAUGUCAAAGCCAGGCUGAAUCGAAGCGACCAUGGGAUCUUCCACUCUCGGACCAGUCUCCAGAAACUGAGCACCAAGCUAUCUGCCCAGUCAGCCCAGUAUUCCCAGCAGCUGAGAGCAGCCCGCAAUGAAUACCUGUUCAACUUGGUAGCCACGAAUGCGCACCUUGACCACUACUACAAGGAGGAACUGCCUGCCCUGCUCAAAGCCCUGGUCAGCGAGCUGUCAGAACACUUGAGGGACCCCCUGACCUUAUUGAGCCGAACUGAGCUGGAAGCUGCAGAGAUGGUCCUGGAGCAUGCCCGCCAUGGGGGCCAAGCCACCUCCCAGGUAAACUGGGAGCAGGAUGUGAAGGUAUUUCUUCAGGAGCCUGGAGUGUUUUUUCCCACCCCACCUCAGCAGUUUCAGCCGGCAGGGGCUGAUCAGGUGUGUGUGCUGGAAGAGGGAGCAGAAGGCACGGCUGAGGAGAGGAGCCUGGAGAAAGAGAUCCAGCGCUGGACGAGCCGAGCUGCCCGUGACUACAAGAUCCAGCACCACGGGCAUCGGGUGCUGCAGCGCCUAGAGCAGAGGCGACAGCAGGCUCCAGAGCGCGAGGCUCCAGGCAUAGAGCAGCGGCUUCAGGAAGUGAGGGACAGCAUUCGGCGUGCACAGGUGAGCCAGGUGAAGGGGGCUGCCCGGCUGGCCCUGCUGCAGGAGGCUGGCCUGGAUGUACAGCACUGGCUGAAGCCAGCCAUGACCCAGGCCCAGGAUGAGGUGGAACAGGAACGACGGCUCAGUGAGGCUCGGCUGUCCCAGAGGGACCUCUCUCCUACUGCUGAGGAUGCUGAGCUUUCUGACUUUGAUGAAUGUGAGGAGACAGGAGAGCUCUUUGAAGAGCCUGCCCCUCCAGCCUUGGCCACCAGGCCGCUCCCCUGCCCUGCACAUGUGGUGUUUGGCUAUCAGGCAGGGCAUGAGGAUGAGUUGACCAUCAUGGAGGGUGAAUGGCUGGAGGUUAUCGAGGAGGGAGAUGCUGAUGAAUGGGUCAAGGCUCGGAACCAGUAUGGUGAAGUAGGCUUUGUCCCUGAGCGCUAUCUCAACUUCCCGGAUCUCUCCCUUCCUGAGAGCGGCCAUGACAGUGACAAUCCCUCAGGGGCAGAGCCCACAGCAUUCCUGGCCAGAGCCCUGUACAGCUACAUUGGCCAAAGUGAAGAAGAGCUGAGCUUUCCUGAAGGGGCGCUCAUCCGCCUGCUGCCCCGGGCCCAGGAUGGAGUGGAUGAUGGCUUCUGGCGGGGAGAAUUUGGGGGUCAUGUUGGGGUCUUCCCUUCCCUACUUGUGGAGGAGCUACUUGGGCCCCCUGGCCCCCCUGAACUCUCUGACCCUGAACAGAUGCUGCCAUCUCCUUCGCCUCCCAGCUUCUCCCCUCCUGCACCCACCUCUGUUUUGGAUGGACCUCCUGCACCUGUCCUGCCCGGGGAAACAGCCCUGGACUGCCCUGGAUCCCUGGACCCAAUGGCACCUCGACUCAGGCCGAUGCGGCCACCACCUCCCCCACCAGCUAAAGCCCCGGACCCUGGCCAUCCAGAUUCUCUCACCUGAAGCCAUGGGGAUCACUGCCCCCUAGUGAUGCUGCUGCCCCUAUCUCCAUGCUUUCAGACCACCCCCCUGAAUGAUCUGGAGUGACACAGCCAAAAGCUGGAAUAUCCCCCAUAUCUGCUCUCACUUCCAGGGGUAGAAACUUCUCCUUUCCCCUUUUCUGGGGCUAGAACCCAGUUCAUUUCCCCAUUGUCCUCCUGCCAUUUUUAGGGCUGGAACUACCCCUUUGUCUUCUGCCAUCACCCCAUCUCUAGGGUGGUAAAAUACCCCAAAAUCUCUAGGGCUGGAACCCGCCCUCUAAAGUCUUGAGUGGUUCUGGCCCAACUCUGUCUCUGCUUUGGCUGUGUGGUCCAUCCCACUCUGGAUGCCAGGGUUACUGGGAUUGGGGCCAGGAGAGGAGCAGGCCUUGGGAGUCACAAGGAGAUGGAGCCAGUAUGCAAAGCAGCUGUAAUGGUCUGAGCGGAUUUAUUGACAGUGAAUAAAGGGCACAAAGGCCAAGUCAGGCCCUGGACCUCUUGUGCCAAGAGGGCAGGAUGCCUAAGGUGCUAUUGCUUUAGGGACCCACCAAGGGGGCCUGGUCCCAGCUGCCACGCUCGAGCGUAUGGAGCUAGGUAUUGGGGAAGGCAGGCCAGGUGACCUAUUGGCAGAUAAGGGAUGUGGAAAAGAGUGCGGGUCCAGGAGUGUGGGUAACUUCUCCAGUGGUCCCCCAGGCUGAGACCAUGCAACUCCAGGUGGAAGUAGAGCUGGGCCCUCAACCGGGGGGCAGUGCCAUCUAGUGAAGGGGAGGGCCUUCAUGUCCACUCCCCCUGGCCCUGCCCGCUGGUAGUCCAUCAGUACAAUGAAGGAAGAGGCUUGGAGGAGAGGAAGGGGAACAGUGUUGCUUCUUGUUCAAGCUCUAUCCGAACUUUUCUAAGUCCUUCCCUAUCUGCUGAAGAACAUACCCACUCCCCACCACCAGCCAAGGAAUUUGUAGCACAGGCCAAAGCUGCACUUCACCCUGGGAGUUCAGGGCACUGAGAGCUGAUGAGCUUAGGGAGUUUAAGUUGGGGGAAAGAUCAUCUGAUUUGGGGCUCAGGUAGACUCACCUCAUAUACCCUCUGCUUCCUGUGAUGGAGACACCUGGGAGAAAGGGGAGGUGUCAACAAUAGGAACAGGUGGUGAGUCAUUAUCAGUGAUCCCCAAAGAAGUGGACAAUAAAACUGAGCCCACUGCAGCCCUA